CUUACACAAUUACUCAAUUUCUUUUGCUGUUAGAAAUUACACACUGGGUAGCACAUCCGCCUCACAGUUAGGAGGGUGCGGGUUCGAUUCCACCUCCGGCCCUUCCUGUGUGGAGUUUGCAUGUUCUCCCCGGGCCCGCGUGGGUUUUCUUCGGGCACUCCGGUUUCCUCCCACAUCCCAAAAACAUGCUUGGUAGGCCGAUUGAGCAUUCCAAAUUGUCCCUAGGUGUGAGUGCAAAUGGUUGUUUGUCUCUGUGUGCCCUGCGAUUGGCUGGCAAGCGGUUCAGGGUGUCCCCCCCCCUACUGCCCGAUGACUGCUGGGAUAGGCUCCAGCACACCCGCGACCCCCGUGGGGACUAAGUGGUACAGAAAAUGGAUGGAUGGAUGGAAAUUACAAAAACAUAUAGCUGCCAGAGCAGAAUAAAAUAGUCCAGAAUAAUUUAAAAUUCCUAAUGAUUUACCUUAACUAGUUAGAAUGUGAAUCUUAUCACAUUGGGGUUAAAUACAGUUUCAUCCAUGAAUCGUAAUCGAAUCGUGUAUCGAAUCGUCUUUCAUGAGAGAUGCACAGCAGGUUUGAUGGUUGUUAUAUGUUGUUUCUUUGGAUUUAAUCAAUUUGAAUAGUUUGGUUUUGUAAUCCUACUGAAUUAACCAAAUUGCGUAUUGUAUCCCAUGUAUCGAGAGCUCUGUAUCAAAUAGUCUUAUUGACACAUGCUGUAGUGUGAACUUUUAUCCCUGUUGUGGCAGGAAUAGGCUUCCAUAAAAUAAUUUUAUAUCAGUGCUCAGUUUGGAUUCGUAAAGGCCAAGAACCUCCCAUGAGUUUUUUCUGCAGGGAUUGACCAAGCUAAUCUCUAACUAUUGCCCCGACAUUCCUCAGGUUGGACUAUCUGCGCAUGUGUGUGGGAGAGAUAAAACCAAAGGAAAGCAUGCCGACCUCCACACUGAUAAAAGACGGAGCACCUAAACCAAGUUUAGCGACGAGCAUGGAGCUGUCGAAGCGCAAUCCGGCCUUCCAGGAUGUGGAAGGUAGCAAGCCCGUGGAGGACAUCACCGCCGUGGAGCCAGAAGGCAAGUUGGCAGCGGACCCCCCCGAUGAGGAGUACACGCAAAUCAAGCCGUACGCCGGCAUGCCCAAGGAGGUGCUGCUGCUUUACUCGUCGCAGGCUCGCUACCGAGUCCCGCGAGAAGUCCUGUUCUGGCUGAUAGUGGCUUGCACGCUGACGCUGGUGGCCCUCACCAUCAGCGUGGUGGUGCUGUCACCCCGCUGCCUCAGCUGGUGGCAGGUCUCCCCCAUCUACCAGGUGUACACCCGCUCCUUCAGGGACUCCGACGGGGAUGGAGUGGGAGACCUCAAAGGCAUUCGGGAGAAGUUGGCCCAUUUCGAGUACUUGAACAUCAAGUCGGUUUGGGUCAGCACCUUCUACCGCUCUCCCAUGAAGGACUCGGGCUACGACGUGGAAGAUUUCCGGGCCGUCGACCCGCUUUUCGGGACUAUGCAGGACUUUGAUGAGCUUUUGGCUGAGAUGCACAAAUUAGGUUUGAAGCUCGUCAUGGACUUUAUUCCCAAUCACACCAGUGACAAGCAUCGCUGGUUCAACAUGAGUCGUGGCAGAGAUCCGCACUACCACGACUACUACGUGUGGGCUGACUGCAAUGCGACAGGACCUAAACCCAACAACUGGGUGAGCGUCUUUGGGAACUCAUCGUGGACGUACGAUGCUGUUCGAGGGCAGUGUUACCUGCACCAGUUCCUCAAGGAACAACCUGACCUGAACUUCAGAAACCCUCUUGUCCGACAGGAAAUGCUUGAUAUCAUCCAAUUCUGGCUGGACAAGGGCGUGGACGGCUUCCGGAUAGAUGCGGUGAAGCACCUGCUUGAGGCCGCGCAUUUGAGGGACGAGCCCCAGGUGGACCCCGACAAGCCACCUGAGUCCGUGACUUCCGAGCGGGACCUCCACCACGAUUUCACCACCACGCAGCUUGGCCUGCAUGAUCUGCUGAGGGAGUGGAGGGCUCACAUGGAUGUCUUCAGCCGGGAACCGGGCAGAUACAGGUUAAUGGUGAGCGAGUCGUACGAUAAGCCAGAGGUGGAAAAGACCAUGAUGUACUACGGGACAUCUCUGGUGAAAGAGAGCGACCUGCCCUUCAACUUGUACUUUCUGGACUUGCCUCUCAAUGCCAGUGGCCUGUGGGCCAGAUAUCUGGUGCAUCUCUGGAUGGCCAACAUGCCCAUCGGACGCUGGCCCAACUGGAUGGUCGGGAACCACAACACGCCUCGUGUGGCCUCGAGGGCCGGUCGGCACUACACACGGGUCAUCAACAUGCUGCUGCUGACGCUUCCCGGUACGCCGACCACCUAUUACGGCGAGGAGAUCGGCAUGGAGAGCAUCAACAUGACCGAGAGUGCGAUUAAUGAUCCGGCGAGCGGACGUAGUGCGCGUUCUCCGAUGCAGUGGAGUGGUGCCGCCAACGCGGGCUUCAGCGACAAGAGUAAUGUGACGUGGUUGCCCGUGCACCCCAAUUACAGCGACGUCAACGUGGAGGUCCAGCGGCGAGACGAAGACUCGGUGCUGUUUCAGUACCACCGUCUGAGCGAGCUUCGUCUGUCGGAGCUGCCUCUCCAACGGGGCUGGUUCUGCCACGUCUACGCUGACCGCAAUGUCUUGGCCUAUCUGCGAGAGCUGGACGGGAUGGAGCGCGCCUUCCUCUUGGUGCUCAACGUGGGCCGCAGCUCGGCCGUCACUGACCUGUCGACAGUGGCGGAGCUGCCCGAGCAGAUGCGAAUUCUGAUGAGCACCGACCGGGCCAACGACGGAAAGGCGGUCACCAAGUCAGCGAUCGCUACAGAGGCGGGAGAGGGUUUGACCAUUGAGUUUUGGUCGCACGCUCGCUUUAAUGCCAACCACCCGAGCCAGUGUUACAUCUCGGAGAAGGCCUGUUAUUUAAGCGCUUUGGACAUUCUCUACACAUGCUAACGUGCAUAUUGUUUCUCAUCACAUGCGCAUGACGCUAAAAGAAAUCAACCCUGCAGUCA